ACACCAAACCAGCAGCAACAGCAUAACCCUCAGCAUCCAUCAUCAGUUCCAUGUUGUUCGUGUUUCGUGGCGGGUUCGCGUCGUUUUCAGCCACCAACGCGAGGCCAGAUGUUCUAGACCCGUGAUUCCGUUCGGCAUCGAGUGGCGCUCGGAUGGAGGACCCAAAACACCAGCCAGUCAUCCAUCCAGCCAGCCAGUGUGUAACGAUUGUUCGCUGAGGUGGUAACUGUGGUGCAUAAACAACGUACCUUUCCCGGCUUUUUCCCCGACUUAUCCAGCAGAAGUACCGGCUUUCGUCGAAAGGUUGAACGAAGGUUCGUUUCGUUUCUUGAAAAUCCGGUGGUCCAGUGUGCAGUGCAGUGCAGAGAGUGCAAUCGAGCGCAACAAUCCGUUCCGUUCCGCUCACGAAACGAGGCUACAAUGAAGAUACAGUGCAUACGGCGGGGUUUGAAGCAUGAGAUGAUUCGUGACAUCGUCUUCUUCUUCUCCUCCAUCUCCGUUCGUUUCGCCGCUUAAUGUGUGUGGCGCGUGCCGGUAAACCGUAUGGUCGCAGGAAGCUGAACAUCUAGCGCGCCCCGUUACACCGUCCAUUCAUUGCGCAUCCCUGCAUCGGUGCACACACACACACACACGGACACACUGUUGGUGUUGAUCCAUCGUGGGUGGUGCUUCGCGUUCCCGUUCGACUUGUGCGCUGAUGCGUGCGUGCGUGCGUGCAUGUGUUUGAGCGUAUGGUCCGUGGGAGGUAAUGGUGGAAAAUUGAAGGAAAAUUUUCAAAACACAACGCCCCCCUUUCCUCCCGAAGUACCCGCGGGGGGAGGUAGCGCAAAACCGAAACAGUUGAGGAAAGCAAAGCAACGGAGUGUGGACGACGGGCUGUGAUGCGUCGUUGCAUCGUCGGUGCAUCGUGCUCCACACGUGCGUUGCCAGAGUGAUGAAAGUGAGUUUGUAGCGGGCCCACCGGCCUACUGUGGCAUGCACGGCAUUAUAGGCGGCGAAGGAAAAGUGGAAAAUCCCGGAGCUCAUUAGUGUAGUGGCAGUGGCCAGCCAGCCGGUGCAGUGUGGAGGCUUGGGUUGUGGUCCCGAUUCAUUGGUUAAUUACUGCUGGUCAACGAGAGAGAGACAGAGAGAGCGAGAGAGGUAAGGUGUCCGAUCCGUUUUGAUACGAUUUUGAUGCGCAACAGUGAAAGUACAAGCGGCGGUUUUCCCAGGUGAUUACCCAGUGGCCCGUGCACCACAGUAUUGCGUUUAGUGAAAAAUAGUGCGCCAGAAAGAUCUCCAGGAAGAUCCGUUAGGUGGUGUGAUCUGGUGUAUCUCGGGUGUUUUACGAUCACCCCGCAACCCGCAGCAGCAGUGGUGGUGGAGUUGGUGGAUCUGGAGCUUCCGAGCAAAAGCCCAGCAAUUGUGAAAGUGAAGAUCGGAAGUACAGUCGUGUUGUGUCGCGUCGUGUUGUGUGCACGGUGUGCAUUCCCAGCCCCCCCAACCGCUCCAUUCUUCGUUGACCGUGAAUGACUCCGUGAGAAGCUUCUGCCGGGGAAGAUAACAAGCUUCGGCUUCAACAGUUGCUGCUACGACAAGCGAACGGAAUAGAGCGGCCGGCCUGCUCCUCCUCAGCCAGAAAACACUGCCAGCAGAAACCAGCUAGCAGCGACCAGGGAGAUAAUUAUGUGAGUUCCAUCGCCUCCGGCGGCUUAAUCGCAGCGCACCGAUCGCAACACCAUCGGACGGACACACUGCCACACUGGAUGGCCACCGUGCAUUCCGGAGUAUAAUUUAUCCGGCCAUCCAGCCCCUCCCCCGGCGGCCACCAUCAGCCCCAGUGCGCGAUCAAUCAAUCAAUCAAUCAAACCAUCGACGGAUCGACCGUACCGCGGAUCGCGAUUUUCGCGCGCGCGCGCGAUCGCGGAUCAACGGAGGAAGGAAACUGCGCGGAGUGGGUCGGGUGUGAUAAGCAGUGUCACACACACACACACACACACGGGCGCGCUCGCGGGCAGAGUGAGCGCAUCGCAGAAGCCAUUCCGGAACAGAAAACAAUGAGGCAAGUCGGCGUUGAAGUGCAAUCCUUGGCAACCGUAGUGCAGCAACGUAGCAGCAGCACCAGCAGCACCGUGAUUCACGGUCAUUCCAUUGGGUAGCUGCUCGCUAGCGUAGUUGGCGUGGCGUGCCAGUGUCGCCAGUGACCGGACCAGUGAAGUAGUAGAAUCGAUUCCCGAUCGGGCUCGAUUUCGUUGGCCACCACCACCAGACCAGUGCGCAGUAGUGUGUUUGGUUGCGGUGAUAUCCGGGUGCAGCCGGUGCAGAGCCAGAGUGCAAUCUCCGAAGACCCUCUAUACCGCCGCAGCUCCCCCCCGUGCAACCUCACCCUCAACAUGUACUGCCUUUGCCGCUCAUCGAAGACCAUCGCGGUGCGGGUCGUGCUGCUCGACGAAACCGACUUCCUUCACGAACUGCAGGACGAUCUACCGGGACAGGCACUGCUGGAUGUCGUCUAUGCACG